AUGGACGACAAUGAACCAUUGAUGGAGGAUGACGACUACAGUGAUGAGGAGACAAGAGCAAAGAGAGUAGUUGAUCAUAAACAUCUAAAGUAUAAAUAUGAGGCAGAGUUUGAUUACAAGACAACUCAAUACGCUACAUUCGUUAUGAAUGCUCUAGAGGUUGACAAGGAGAUCAAUUUGAAUACAUAUAGGAAGUACUCUGUAGAGGACUCAAAGUUUAGAAUACUGUACGCAUCGAACAAUCCAGAUGACCUGAGGAGAUCUUUGAAUUCAUUCUAUGACAUGCUGUUGAUGGCUACAAGGACACUGAACUCAUUCCCAUGUUGA